AUGGCUAGGCCCCUACAUAACUUGGUCAAGAAGGAUACACCGUGGUUCUGGGGUAUCAAGGAACAGGAAGCUUUCCAAGGACUGAAAAACGCCAUUACCAAUGCACCUGUACUCUGUCAUGCCAACCCCUCCAAACCCUACAUCCUUGAAACCAAUGCAUCUGGCGCUGCAUUAGGAUGCAUACUCAGCCAACAUCAAGAAGAUGGCUGGUUACAUCCACUAGGGUUCCUAUCAGAAUUGUUUAAGGGAGCAGAGCAGAAUUAUGACACGCACAAUAAGGAACUACUUGCAAUCAUCUGCUCCUUUGAAUAUUGGCGCAUCUUUCUGGAAGGCACAGCUCACCCAAUCACGGUCUUCAUGGAUCACUGGAGCCUGGAAUACUGGAAGGAGUCUAGAACCUUUAACUGUUGCCAUGCACAAUGGCACCUCCUAUUAGCCAGGUACAACUUCCAAAUUGUCUAUUGCCCCAGAAAACAGUCAGGAAAGCCGGAUGCACUCUCAUGCUGCUUGGAUCAUGCCAAUAUUCCUCCUGCCAACCAAACAAUGCUUCCAGAUUCCGUAUUUGCCAACAUGGCCCUAGUUACUCCCAAGAAAGAACUCCAACGCCAAAUUGAGGCUGCCCUAGAUCAAGACAAAUCACUGGAGGAAAUACUACAAUUCCUCCAAAACAAGUCUAAGGCACCUCCAUCUAUCAAGCGCGCCUUCAAGGAUUACCAAAUGGAAGCGGGACUCCUCUUCUACCAAGGGAGAAUUGUGGUACCUGAUGCAGGAAACUUACGGACAGAGUUACUAAGAAUCUUUCACAAUAGCCUCUUGGCCAGUCACCUGGGUAGACAACAAACACUGGAAUUAGUCUCAAGGAACUACUACUGGCCCAGAAUCCGUUCUGAUACCUAUUGGCAUGUAGACUCCUGCAAAACAUGUCAAUGUAUCCGCAAGCCAAAGUAUGCCUCCAUUCCUCUGCAACCCCUAGAGCUGCCAUCCAGACCUUGGCAACAUGUCUCCUAUGAUAUGAUAGUAGACCUGUUGUAG